GGAACAUCCUGUUUACAGAAGGAGAAAUCGGCCUCAAAGCCAAACUUAUUUAUGCUGGAGCAUAACACAGGAAGGUGCAUCCCAGGAUGAGAAGGUGUUGGGGAAACGUGGUGGAAACGGCCAGGAGGAAGUCGACAGCUGUGCUUCUGUGUUGCUGGGACGCCCACAACCCAGAUAAAAAGGCCACCCAGGGAAGGAGCCUGCAGACAUUACCACCCUCCACACACCAGCCCAGCCCCACACCAACAUGUGCCACACCAGCUGCUCCACAGGCUGCCAGGCUGCCUGCUGCACACCCAGCCCCUGCCAGGCAUCCUGCUGUGUGCCUGUGAGCUGCCGGCCCACUGUGUGCGUGCCUGUGUGCUGCAGGCCCAUUGUGUGCAUGCCUGUGAGCUGCAGGCCCACUGUGUGUGUGCCCAUGAGCUGCAAGCCUGCUGUGUGUGUGGCCCCCUCCUGCCAGUCCUCCAGGUGCUGCCAGCCCUCCUGCCCUACCCUGGUCUUCAGACCCGUCUCCUGUGGCACCCCUUCCUGCUGCUGACCAUGCAUCUCCUACCCAGCUGCUCCCAGUGCACAAGGGCCACACCUGCUCCCCUCUAGAAUGAAUCCUUGGUGGCCCUCCAGGUUCUGCACGUGGCCAAUGAAAACAUGCUCAACAAACUCUCUGAGCUUUUUGGGGAGAACAUGGCAGGAUGAUCUGGAUCCCUCCGUGACCUGCACAUCCCCUCAGGGAAGCCCUGGUCCUGAGGGUCCUGUUCUGUCCCCAUGGAAACCAUACCCCAUGGGAGCCAAAUAAAUCAUGCUUUCCC